GUGUGUUUUUAUGUAACACGCUGGCACGCGCAAUUAAGGUUCUCCUUAUAGCAGUGUGUGUUUUAGCUCCGUGACGUUUAACACGACUUUUGUAGGAGAACCUUAAUUUAUGUCGUCUUCUUUAUUAACUAGUAGAGAAAUAAAGGGGAAAAGAUGUCGAUCCGAGAGCCGGAGCAGAACUGUGUGUCCUCAGGGGACGGAGGCGGCUUCUUCAUCCCGUCCGACAACGAGGGGGACUGGGCUGAGGACCGGCACCGGGGGGACCACCGGGACUCCAGCCGCCUCACCGGGGCGCUGGGCUGCUUGUUCAUGCCGUCCGACACCGACAGGGACUCGGACAGGGACCGGGACUCCCGUCGCCUCACCGGGGCGCUGGGCGGCUUGUUCAGAGCCGUGAGGUGUGAGUCCGAGCCCGUGAGACCCGAACACAUCAGCACGUUAGUGGGAAUCAUCGUGCACAGUUUUAGACAGAGGGACCGCUGUGUUACACACCGCGAGCAGGACGGAGAACUGGACUGUCCCGGAUGUAGCCGCUUCAUGGCGGAACCGGUCACUGCGGCGUGCGGACACUCGUAUUGUAGGAGCUGCUUACAGCAAACAUCUCUGUCUAAGUGUAAAACGUGCCGUGAGGAGCUCGGGGACAAACACGUGCUGCGUGUUAACGUGCUGCUGUGUGGACUUUUACACAAAUGGUUUCCGGAUGAAGUCCAGAAGAGCAGGAGGAUGUGUGAGGUGCAGGAGCUGCUGAGGAGUAAACAGCUCACACAGGCGGCUACGUUAGCAUCACAGCUACUACAGUCCGACCCCAGUAAUGUCAGACUGCGAGUGUGUCGUGCUGAAGUGUAUCGUUGUUUGCAGCUCUAUCAUCAUGCUCUGGAAGACCUGGACAUGUGUGUGAGCGUCGCUCCGUCCGUCGAGGUGGUGUUCUGUAAAGCUAAGCUGUUGAAGGAAAUGGGUCGAGUGGACGAGUCUGUAAAACUUUGCCUUCAGUGUCUCUGUUUGGAUCAGGACUUCCAGGAAGCCAGACAGGAAGUGGAAAACAUCCUGUGUGAUCUCCUGGUUCCAACGUGUGAGAGUGUGCAGAAGCUCGAGGAGUGUUCCGAGCCCUCGGGUCUAACCCGAGCUCAGUCUUUACGGGUUCACAUGGUGGGUGGAGCCAGAGGGGAAGGACUGAAGAGGGUUAGCUCCGCCCCUCAGUUGGGGGAAAAGAGUGCAAUGCUGAAGAGGAAACUGUCAGGAUUGGAGGUGGGGUCUGAAGUGGUGGGAAACAGUGACACCAAACAUAAAAAACAUGGAGUGGGCACUGCAGCAUCAGUGUGUAGUGAUGAAGAUAAACUCCACCUCAGUGUACCGAGAGAUCUGCUUGACCCCAGUGACUUUGAGUGCUCACUGUGCAUGAGACUGUUCUAUGAGCCGGUGACGACGCCGUGUGGACAUUCCUUCUGUAAGAACUGCCUGCAAAGGAGUUUAGAUCACAGCCCUCAGUGUCCCCUGUGUAAAGAGAGCCUCAGGCUGUACUUGGCCUCUCGGAGGUUCUCCAUCACAAGUGUGCUUGAUGACAUGAUUAAACGUUACCUGUCUGAGGAGCAUGCUGGGAGACAGAAGAUCCACAAUGAUGAAACCAAAGAGCUCUCAGAUUUAGAGAAUAAUGUACCUAUCUUCGUGUGUACGAUGGCGUACCCCACGGUCCCCUGCCCGCUGCACGUGUUCGAGCCUCGGUACCGCCUCAUGAUCCGCCGCUGCAUGGAGACAGGAACUCGCCAGUUUGGCAUGUGCAUCAGCGACACACACAAAGGGUUUGCAGAUUUUGGCUGCAUGCUGCACAUCCGUAAUGUGCACUUUCUCCCAGACGGACGCUCGGUGGUCGACACGUUUGGGGGGAAACGGUUCCAUGUAAUUACACGCAGCAUGAGGGACGGCUACUACAUCGCUAACAUCGAGUACCUGCAGGACCAGAGAGUGGAGGGAAAGGAAGAGCUGCAGCUGCAGGAUCUCUACGAUCAGGUGUAUAAUCAGGCAGGUGUGUGGUUCCACAGUCUGGAGAACCGAUUCAGGAACCAAAUACUGCAGCACUUUGGGCCGAUGCCUGAGAAAGAGAUGGAUAUACAGUCCAGCCCUAAUGGUCCAGCUUGUUGUUGGUGGUUAUUAGCAGUUCUCCCAGUGGAUCCUCGUUAUCAGCUCUCGGUCCUAUCCAUGACGACACUCAGAGAACGUCUGGUUAAGAUCCAGCACAUCCUUGCGUACUUGCAGAACACUCAACAUGAGCAGAACACACAGUGAGACACAGUGUGUGUUUCCUUCUGCCCUGAUGCAGUGGUAACAUUGUGUGAUCUAAUAUUAGCACAAGACAGUAUUCUCACACACACACUCACACACACACACACACGCACAAAUACUGUGAGCGUAUGUACUGAAUGAAGCAAAUCCCAAAUGCUGAUUUUUAUUUUUUUUUUGUCUUAUUUGUAAUCAAACAAAAGUGAGUUUAGCUUUAAACCUUAAAACUCUGAGAAAUAAAAGUCAGACUGAAUUAGAUGGAGAUACAGAAACAUGUCCGAGCCUGAACGCGACCAUAACCUCGUCACCAACACCAGUUCUAAGGAGCACACCAUCUGCUCUAGAAUUAUUGGCACCCUUGGUGGGAUUCUAAAACAAUUAGACUUUAGCUAAUCUACCUGAAGUAUAGUGGACUAGAGAUCUUGCACCUGAGUGUUCGUGACAAUGACUAUAUAAGGUGACCCCCCCCCCCCCACACACACACACACACACACACAAUUCUUCUACAUGAGGAAGAUGUAACUACAGUGCCAAUACAUCUGGAGCCGAGUGUGUGGUCAGGUAUGAAGUAGUGUUAGUUCAUCAGGUUUACUGCGACAUGCUAACAACAACAACAACAACAAAAAUAAUCAUCUAAUUAAAACUCCAGAACUGUAUUUAUCACUACAGCUCACAACAACCUCCUGGAUGUGUGCUGAUCACAUCUUUAGUGUUAAUGUGUGGGACAUGAACACACAUUAACACAAACUUCAUGUCCUGAGAUUAGCACCUUGUAGACUCACUAAGAGUGUUUGGCGGUUUCUAUACUGUACGAAUGCAGUUACAGAGACUUCAUUUCACGGACGCAUUUUAUCUGCUGGUAUACCGGUCAGGUCUGAUCUCUCUCUCUCUGUCUCUCUCUCUCCGAGUCAUCGUCAUCAUCAUCACCUUUCAUACCACAGAAGAAACACUGAGCUAACAGCAGUGCGAUCUCGAACAUCAACAUGACCCAGGUUCAUAAAAUAAAAAUAAAAACUUCAGCCUUAAUUUUAGAAGAAGAAUCGAACAGCACGUGAACACUGAAUCAGUCAUUUUACUGUCCAGUUAAACACCACAUACAAACUGCCUUACUACAGGCCCAGAGCCUUCCCGAUAAAGCUGGAAGCGUCUGAUCUGUAAUCAGUGUGUUAGUAUAAAUCCUGAGCUUCACUUCCACCGGUUUCAUGUUUGUGCUCUAAUCUCUUUGGCACGUACGAGUCCGAGCUCAGAGCUCAUGUGCCGAUCAUCAGUUCUCCAGCACACAGUCUGACCUGAACACAGCAAGGCACCGAAAUGCACAGACACCACAAAGGGUUAAAGGGAGAGAGUACAGAAGUCUUCCAAGCCUUAUAGAGCAGUGGGGGCGAGUGAGGCACACUGGGGUAACACUGGGGUAACAGACCCUUACACAACACUUCAGUUUAUUUGUCUGAAUAAAUCCUAAAAAUAAAAAAAAACCCACAAGGAAAUUUAGAGUGUUGGUAAAUCGAAACGUCCCACAUUUUCUGGUCAUGCUAUAUAUUUACUUAUGUUUAUUUAAUUACAUCUUUCAUUUAAUAAAAUUACAAUUAAAUUAUUUUUUUAAAUGUGUUAAAUAAUAGUUAACAAUUGUAAUUAUCAGUUGUAACAUUCUUAAUUGUUAACUACGUGUAUUAUCAUCUAAGAUCUUUGCCGUAAAAUACGAACACUGGUAGUAAACGUGGUCCGUCAAUCGCGUACAACGUGACCGAACGAUUUUGUAGCCGAAACGUCAUCUAGUUACGUUGCGAUGAGAGCCACGUGUCCGUGUGUGUCUGCUCAGAGGACAGACUUCCACAUCCAACUCUUCUCAUCUCGUGGUGUUUGUUAGUGUUCUCAUUCGUACGUGAGAGGGACGUGAAAAAAAUCCACGACAAACAAACAGCCGGAACCAAACGAGAAGCUCCGCUUUGGUCGUUCUGGAUGUUCGUGUUGUUCCGAGUGGAAGUUUGUGGUGAUGAGAUGAGAGCAGGAGAGGAAGACUGUUGUGCUGAAGAAGAGUUUGCGUAUUUUCCACACCGUGCAGAUGCACUAACACUUUUUGCCUUAUUAAAACCAUUUAGCAUUUU